AUGACGCGCAGUUAUCUUUCAUUUUACCUGAUUUUAUUGCUACUUCCUUUACUUUACUCCUGUCGCCUUAAUCUUCCUCUAUUACAUGGUUACAAGAAACUUGAUCCAACAGAGGAAGAAGAUCCCAGGACCCUCCUUUUAGCAGAUCACUUGACAGAUUUCCAAGCGGGAAAACACAAUUCAAAUCGCGAAAAUGCCAAGUCUCUCUUUCAGACCACAAAAGUAGCACUUACACACUUGUUCGUGACCAAAACUCAAACUCCUGAUGGCCAAUCUAUGAUCAGCUGGAAAUUGUGGUAUGAUAACUCUCAUAAAGUUUCUGAAUCAUCGGCGUCUGCUGGGGUACAGGAAAUGGCCGAGGCUGUCCUGAAAUUCGGCCCUCAAUUCGAUCGACAUCAACACAAUCCCGAACGCGAGAUGGAGUAUAUAAUGUCUACAAUCGAUCUUUUCUCUCGUUCUCUUGAGGAUGAUAAACUGAGUGCUGCUGAGAGGAUUUGGUCUGUUGGGGUACUCUCAUACCUAAGAGCUCGACUUCCGGAGGAAAAAAAAUCCGUGAUUCCUAGUCUCUGGACAGCUGAAGACUUGCGUAGGCCUCGAGAACAGUUCUUAUUGUUUUUUCUGGGUGAUAAAGAUUUGAGGCCAGUGGCUCGGCAGAUGUGGUCAGAAUUUCCUACGGAAGUGGAGUCAUCGGAACGUGUCAUUCAGGAGGCAAUUCAAAGGGGGUCAAUAGUACAUCUUGUCAAAAAACAGACAGACAUGAUCCACAAUGAACCACCACCGGAUUUCCAAGAACUCUUUCUCGCGUUCAUCAACUUGAAAACUCCGAUAAAAUCACAAAAAGCCUUGUCGUUAAUUGACUUGAUCAAAAAACAAUUGAAUGAACCUCAAACAAAAAACUGGAAUCGGCUUGAUGAAGAGUCAAACACAGUUCGAUUGUUUUUACAUCUUGAGGAAUAUCAUUAUGAAAUUGAGAGCUGUCUAGGAUUGGAAAAACUGAUCAGAAUACCAAAUAUUCGGGAACAAAUACUGAAAAACGCGAUAAGCUUGCAACUUGCGACUGAGAAACUGCAUCCAGUCUUCAGGAAUCUUUUGAUAGGAUUUGAAAAGACAAAAUUGGUCGAUAGUCAUCGUGUCACCAAGGUCUUGGAACUCUUAAAACAAGAACAAAUCCCGAUCACUCAACUAGGAAGAUUAUUUAGAGUAAUCAACUUGGUCCUCCAUGGUAAUAAAAAGAUAUAUAAGUCUUUCAUUCUUCAACUGGAUGAACACUCUGAAAUGAUUCCAAAACUCUUCGAGAUAUUAUUUAAGUAUCGCUAUGUUCGAAUGAACCCACAGAUGUUACCAUGGCAAGAUCGGUACGAUUUUAUCUUUACGACACGGGAAGAGCAAACAGCAGAGAAGUAUAGAAACGAUCUCGGAAAACUCUUAAUAACUAAAGGUGUCUUUACAAGUCAUGAGAUUAUCAGAGAUAUUGAAUAUUUAAAUGAACCGUCGAAAAAAACUAUGGUGACUGCUACUUUAUAUGGGAUUUUUAAGAAGAUAUCAAGAUCCAGACGAAUUACCAGAAAGGAGCACACAAACACAGAUUGGUUGACAGCAGAAUACAUCCUUCACCUGAUCUCGUUCAAGAAUAAUGAUAAGAUUCUAUAUCGCCAUCUUCGCCACGAUCAACACGUCCCAGAGAAGGUUCCGGAGGCUUACACUCUGUUCUUCAAAGAAAUCGGUGAUGAAAUAUUCCGAUUCAUCGAUAAUGCAUUUGGGGACGAUGAUGGGAAUUUCGAUACGUUUGCAAAGGCUCUGAAAGAACUUGAAAAUUCUUUCUUCUUUAUGAUAUGGAAGACUGAUCGUAGCCGUUAUGAGAAUGGUGUGCUGAAAAUCUGA